AUGGCCCCGCUCCGCCGCCGCCGGCCCCGGCACCGCCCCGGGGAGGGGCCGCACCGCGCCCGCCCUCAGCGCGCCGAGCGGGCACCGGGCGGGUACCCGGUCCCCCAGAGCCGCCCCCGGUCCCCCAGAGCCGCCCCCGGGCCCCCAGAGCCGCCCCCAGAGCCGCCCCCGGGCCCCCAGAGCCGCUCUCGGUCCCCCAGAGCCGCCCUCCGUCCCCCAGAGCCGCCCCCGGUCUCUCAGAGCCGCCCCGGUCCCCCAGAGCCGCCCCCGGUCCCCCAGAGCCGCCCUCGGUCUCUCAGAGCCGCCCCGGUCCCCCAGAGCCGCCCCCGGUCUCUCAGAGCCGCCCCGGUCCCCCAGAGCCGCCCUCGGUCCCCCAGAGCCGCCCCCGGUCCCCCAGAGCCGCCCUCGGUCUCUCAGAGCCGCCCCGGUCCCCCAGAGCCGCCCUCGGUCCCCCAGAGCCGCCCCCGGUCUCUCAGAGCCGCCCCGGUCCCCCAGAGCCGCCCUCGGUCUCUCAGAGCUGCCCUCGGUCCCCCAGAGCUGCCCCCGGUCCCCCAGAGCCGCUCUCGGUCCCCCAGAGCUGCCCCCGGUCCCCCAGAGCCGCUCUCGGUCCCCCAGAGCCGCCCCCGGUCUCUCAGAGCCGCCCCGGUCCCCCAGAGCCGCCCUCGGUCUCUCAGAGCUGCCCUCGGUCCCCCAGAGCUGCCCCCGGUCCCCCAGAGCCGCCCCCGGUCCCCCAGAGCCGCCCCCGGUCCCCCAGAGCCGCCCCCGGUCCCCCAGAGCCGCCCCCGGUCCCCCAGAGCCGUCCCCGGUCUCUCAGAGCCGCUCUCGGUCCCUCAGAGCUGCCCGCAGCACUCCCGGCAGAGCCGGCCCUGCUCUGUCCGGCUGGGCUGCGGGACACGGAGCGGGUGCAGCGGCACCCCCGGGCUCUUGGGGUACGGGCACGGUCAGUACUGCCAGUGGUGCUGCUGA